AUGGAUGCGGUUCUUGAGUUUUUUGAUACAUUAUUUGCCGGAGAUUUAGAGAUGCAAAAGCAAGUCGUGACUAUUGAGUUGCCAAAGUACAAGAAAAAAAUGGAUAGAUUUGGUCGGGAACUUGCAGUUAAAGCAUGUGAAGUUAAUGACGGUGACUAUGAUCCGGCAACUUGGUGGGGUACGUUUAGUGGAGUAACUCCUCAUUUGACAAAGAUGACAAUAAGAAUUCUUUCUUUGACUAGUAGUUCAUCUGGAUGUGAAAGGAAUUGGAGCACCUUUGAAGGGAUUCACACGAAGAAAAGAAAUAGGUUGGAUGCAAGUAAAAUGAACAAUCUUGUUUAUGUCCAAUUUAAUGCUAAUUUGAUGGAAAAAAACAAAAAGAGAAAAGAAAGGAAUAUGGAAGUGUUAUUAGCUAAUGAUAGUCACACGGCUCAAGAAUGGAUUGUUGAUUGUGGUGAUUGUGAUGAAGAUGGAGUUGGCAUAGUUGGUGAUGGUCAAGGAACCGAUGAACUCGGACAAAGUUCAAGAACAAGAGAACUUUUAGAUGAAGAUUUUGCGUCAGGUAGUGAGGAGGAAGUAUUUGAAGAAGUUGAUUAUGAAUCGGAUGGAGUUCACAUCAUGGAAGAAUGCGGAGAUAAAGAGUAG